AUAUUCUAUAUGAAGAAUGGGAUGAGAAGCACCAAGUAUAAACCAGUGGACUAUCAAAAACUGCGUGCAUUAACUGAAGCAAAAAAAUUAGCUUCUGCCUCUGUAGAGCUAAAGAUCAGAAAAGCAGUGCAGACUUCAAAGACAUACAAAGAACAAACACUGAUAAAACAACACAAGCAAGUGUGGUGGCAGGAACACCAAAGGCUAAAGGAAGUCAGGUGUUUUCAUACGGAUAGAAGUUUCUUAUUCUGGCAAGUUGACUCUGUAAAAAGACAAUUGAAAGCUGUCUUUGAAAGACUUGUCCUGGAGCAACAGAAAAUAGAAAAUGAUCUCUUAGACUGGAGUAUGAAAAUACUAGAUCAUUUUUCAGAAGAAAAAACUAACCUGCUUAGUGAAUUGCCCAUGGAAUUAGAAAGUUUGGAAUGUCCAUACCCUGAUUUGAAAUCUUCAAUCCUUAAUGAGUUCUAUAACUUUACAGACAAAUUUCAAAAGAAACUUCAAGAUUUUGAUCUGCAGUUAGAAGACAUAUACAGAAAUUUUCAACUAAGUGAAGAAGACCACUGGAUUUACCAGGCUAUUUUGGAUCAGUAUCCUGGAGAUCUCUUUGGCAGAAGAACUCUGUAUCUGGACAUGUUACAAAGAUACUUUCCUCACAAAUCUAGGCAUGAUUUGGUGGAACAUGAGAAAUAUUGUGACCAGUAUCGCUUUGCUAGGGAGCAGCAAAGGGUCCUGUUAUCAAAUUGGAAUAAGAACAGGAAGGACUUUAUACAGAAGGCUCUGCUGGCCCUUCUGGAGGCCUGUGCAGCUCAUGAAAUGGAGAGCACAUUGGCUGAGGACAGGAAAAAGCAACAGGCAUUGUGUGCUGAUCUGAAAGCCAAGGUUCUUCAAUGGCGAGCUCACCAGGAAGAGGUAGCAAGACUGGAAAUGGAAAUUUCUGCCAGAAGAAGAGAAAAGGAAGAGGAGAAAAAGAAACUGUGGAAAAAGAAAGAAUUGAUGCAAAGAGAGGAGAAGAAAAAAAAAAUAAGAAAAUACUGGGCUAAGAAAGAACAGAAGUGGCAGGAAAUGGAAAUGAGAGAUCUUCAGCGUCUAGAAGAACUGAAGAAAUUAAUGGCUGAACAGUCGGUAAAAGACAGAGAAAG